CAUACCCGGAAGAGAAAGAAGAAUAUCGCGUCCAAGAUGGUGGCCACCAGAAGAGGAGGACGCGUGAGCUCUCCCACCACAAACGUAGAGGAAAAACAGUCAGUUGUUCAGGCCACCCCCUCUACUGCCAGAAGGACCAGGAGGGCUCAACAAGAUGAAUGCAAUGCCCAGCAGACCCUCGGAGAAACCUGCAAAACAGGACCUUUAGAAACUCCUGCAACCUCAAAGAAAAGAUGUACGAGAUCCUCCAGACUCCACAGUCCAGAGGAGCCCUCCACUCCGGUAAGCUCCGUCCAUGAAGGGGAGAUGUCUGAUGUGGAGUCGCUCUGCUCCGCGGUGUCAGAUGCUGAGCCCCCACUUACACGGGCCAGAGGGAGGAUCAGACCGCUCAAUGGGAAGGAUCAGGAGCAUGAGACAUCCGAGGUGGAGUCCUGCUCCUCUGCUGUGUCUCCAGCCAAACCAAAAAUCAGCAGCAGCCGAAGCACAAGAAGAAAGCCUGCUCAGACUUCAUCACAGUCUGAGGUGGACAGCGGAAAAGUGGGAACGGGGCCGGAAGCAGAGCCCUCCAGCUCUGCCGUGUCUGAAUCUCAGAGAGUUACUAGAAGUCAGAGGAAAGCCGCUCCCGCCAGAGCCUCCGUAAGACGACAUGCCGAGGAUUCAGAGCUCUCUGAGGCCGAGAGCUGCACAUCCAGCAUCUCAGGGCGAAGGUCCAGAAGGCUUAUUCGCCCUAUUCCCAUUCACCUGGAUGAGCUACCUGAAAGCUCCCAGUGCCCUACACGAACAACUCGACAAACCAAGGCAAGCACGAGGAGAGCAGUUUCCAUAGAGGAAGAUGAUAAGGAACCGUGUUGUGACUCUGAGGGGUUUGAGUCUGGACCCACCUACAGUCUGAGCACCUGUAGACGAGGCAGGAGCCAGUCUGCUGUUUCUAAAACUGCUCUGGAUUCAGAAUCUGAGGACAUGAAUUCAUCAGGGGGGGGCAGAGGAACUCCCUGCAGCAGUCGUGCAGGGUCAGGGAGCAGCAGUCGGAGAGCUCCAACAUCUAGGCGGUCUACAAGGAGCAGCAAUGUUUUAGAAACGACUCAAGAGCCGUCUGAAGAGGAGAGUUCUUUCAACGAUUCCAAGUUAGAAAGCACCGUGUUCGGAGAGGACAUGGACAGCACUCUGGUUGAGGAAGAAAAGAUACAAACGUCUGGAGAGCAGCAAAGUUUAGUCAACGCUAAGAUCAUCUCCAGUGGAGCGGAUGAUGAAAAAGUGGACGAAUCAGAAGAUGUGGAGCUCCCAGGGUCAGCAUGUGCUGAAGAUGUCAGUGAGCAUGCAGUGAUCACCAAAGACCUGAAGGAGGAGCUGUCCUCUGAAAGUAAAGCCGGAGAGGCCUUAGAGAUGGACAUGGAGGAAGUGAUUCCACCAUCACAGCCAGUGCAGACUCUCCAAUCUGUCCCAGAAACAGCAGGUGGGACAGACUCUGAAAUGACAGAGCUGAUCGAAGAGAAGCAGAAAGCUGCAGACGAGCCUCUGGAGGAUGAAGAUGAAGAUGAAGCUGAUGUGGAAAUCCUCCCCAGUGUGGAGGAAACGCUGGAAGCUCAGGUAAAGGUGAGCCAGCAGGGAAAGGUCUCAGUAGAGUCUGAGUCUGAGCAGCAACCUAAGGCAGCUGUUGUCCAGAAGACAAAAACCAUCAACCUCCUCGAUAGCAGCGAUGAUGAAGAUAGCUUUAGCGAGGAAGAGGAGGAUCGAAUGUCUGAUGAUGAGGAUGAUUCAGGGAGCAGAGAAGAGAGAGCAGGUUCUUCCAGCGUGUCCAAAGUUGCCUCAGCGUCUGCAGUGGAGGGGCUGUUCAUGAUCGACACUCGACCCGGACAAGAUGCUGACCAGCAGUACUACAGAGCGGAGGAGGAGGAGGAGGAAGAGGCUCAUGGAAAAGCACAGCAGGAAGACGAGGAAGAGUUCAUAGAUGAAGAGGGGGAUGAGGAGGAUGACGAGGAUUCAAAAGUCCUGUUCUUCAGCAGAAACCCUCAGUUGAAAGACUUGUCCAGCCGUAUUGACCCCGGCCUCAGGGUGAAGGAGCUCGGGGGUUUAUACAUCAGUUUUGAUGGCAGCAAAUCAAAACCUGUCUCCAGCUCACUGCAAAAGCUGAAGGAGAAGAAGAGCCAUGAUGAGAUAAUGAAGAAAAGUGUGAUCGGACCGGACUUUGAGAAGAAGGAUGCUGUGCCUCCAUACAGUGAAUCGAAACAGGCUUUAAAGUUAAAACGCAGAGCAGAGAGGGAGAAAUCAACAGGAGACGGUUGGUUCAAUAUGAAGGCUCCAGAGAUUUCCCAGGAAUUGAAAGGGGACCUUAAGCUUCUGAAGAUGAGGGGGUCCCUGGAUCCCAAGAGGUUCUACAAGAAGAAUGACAGAGAUGGGUUCCCCAAAUAUUUCCAGAUGGGCACAGUGGUGGACAGCCCAGCUGACUUCUAUCAUUCCCGGAUUCCCAAGAAGGAGAGGAAGAGAACCAUGGUGGAGGAGCUGCUGAAUGAUGCCGAGUUCAGACUAAAAAACAAAAAGAAGUACCAGCAAAUUAUUGCGGAGAAAGCAGCACUAACAGCUGGGAAGAGGAACAAGAAGAAGAAAUUCCAUAAGAAGUGAUGAUUUGGUGAACCUCGAUCAUAGACGCUGAUAUUCAGUCCUUCAUCAUGAGGUCCCUCGUUGAAGAGGACGAUGAACGUAUCGACGGCGAGGCACUAAGCCGCUGUGGCUCCUGAUCUUUGAAGACGAGAUGAUUCCAUAACUCUGUACAGUCAUCAAUAAAUAGGCCUUCAUUUUGUCACCUGGGUUAAUUUUUUUUAAAUAUAAGACACAUUUCAAAAUGUAUACCUAAAAUCUAAAUCAUUUUGCCUAAAAAGAUUCUGGUGAUUAAAA